GCCAAAAGCUCCAUUCAGGAUUCAGAUCAUCUCCUCCUCCUCACCAUCAUCAUCAUCAUCAUCCUCAGCGCUGCCCCGCCGGCUCCACACACCUGUGCUCCUGCCGCCUCUUCCGCUUUGGUCGCCGGUGAUGACCGGAGGACGUCGUUUAAACAAUAAAACAUCGUUUCUGUGCUCAACAAGCUGCCAGCAUCAGUCCAACCGGCCGCGGUGAAUUCCUGUCAUGGGCAACAAUGUUUCGGGCAUCUCGACGCUGCACAGAGGUCAACAGCAGGGCUUCCACAGACUCCGCAACUCUCAGAAAGACUCCCUUGGUGGCCCAUUCCCGUCCACGUCACAUCGAUGUCACCACAAACCCAAGAGGUGCCUGCCUAUCCACUGCGGCAGUGUCGGUGGGCCUCUCCCCAUCAGCCCACUUCUAUUCCAUCCAAAUGCCAAGGGGUCCCAAAUUGUCAUGGACCUCGCCCAGAAGACAGCAAAGAGGCAGGCCAGUUUCUGCAAUGCCAUCACCUUCAGCAACCGGCCCAUUGCGCUCUAUGAGCAAGUCCGCCUCAAGAUUACCAAAAAGCAGUGCUGCUGGAGUGGGGCUCUGCGUCUGGGUUUCACCGCUAAAGACCCCUCCAGAAUAAACCCAGACAACCUUCCCAAGUACGCUUGUCCUGACCUGGUGUCUCAGAGUGGCUUCUGGGCCAAGGCGCUGCCCGAGGAAUUUGCCAACGAGGGCAACGUCAUCGCCUUUUGGGUGGACAAGAAAGGGAGAGUCUUCUACCGCAUUAACGAGUCCAGUCCCAUGCUGUUCUUCAGCGGGGUCCGCACGGCCGAGCCCCUCUGGGCCCUCAUCGAUGUUUACGGCCUGACCCGCGGCGUGCAGCUGCUAGACAGCGAGAUUGUUCCUGCAGACUGCCUGCGUCCACGCUCCUUCACCACGGUGCGCUCCUCCUCUCUGCGGCGUGAAGCGGACGACUCGCGCCUGUCCGUCAGCCUGUGCGACCUCAACCUGCAGCAGGAGGACGGUGGCCCAGCCCACAGCCGCUCCCACCGCCACACCCUCCACCUGGCCUCCACCUCCUCCUCCUCCAGCUGCCCCAUCCCGCAGAACUCCCUCAACUCCCAGCAGUCCUCCCUCCUGCCGUCCACCCUGGAGAGCGACCUCCACUUCCACCAGCUGCGCGGCGCCCACAUUAAGACGCUGGACGAGCAGACGGUGGCGCGAUCCGAGCACGCGCGUGAAGAGCGCACGCUGGUCUUCACGAACCGGCCGCUGCGCAUCGGCGAGACUGUGUUCAUCAAAGUCACCAAGUCGAGCCCGGCGCGCUCGGGCUCUCUGUCUUACGGCGUGACGUCCUGCGACCCGGCGGUGCUGCGCCCCAGCGACUUACCCUACAACCCCGAGGCCCUGGUGGACAGGAAGGAGUUCUGGGCGGUGUGCCGUGUGCCGACGCCUCUACAGAGCAGUGACAUCCUGGGCUUCUUGGUCAACCAGGAGGGGGAGGUCAUCCUCAGCCACAACGGCGCCAACGUGGGCAUGCAGGUGUGCGUGGACAACUCCCGCCCGCUGUGGAUGUUCUUCGGCUUGCACGGUGCAGUGACGCAGCUGAGGAUUCUGGGCUCCACGCAUCUCGGGGAUCCGCGGGCCACGUCGAAUCCCAGCUCGCCCUCCUCCUCUCCGCACACCCCCAGCGCCCUGGGAAGUGGCAUCUCUGAUCCGGUCCUGAACGGAGGUCUGUGCUCAGCCGCUUACUGCAGCUCAGCAGGGGGAACAACUCCGAAUUCUCCGGCCAGCCUCCCCAAGUCACCCACGUUCCCGUCCGGCCGCGGGCCGUGGUCCGACGAGUGCUCCAUCUGCUACGAGAACACCGUGGACACGGUCAUCUACGCCUGUGGCCACAUGUGCUUGUGCUACACCUGCGGCCUCAAACUCAAGAAGAUGUCCAACGCCUGCUGCCCCAUCUGCAGGAGGCAGAUCAAAGACAUUAUCAAGACCUAUCGCAGCACGUAAGGGAACAGGGGCGACAGGACGACCUCAGCAAAACCCAGGCUUACAAAAAGAAAGGUUUAGGUUCAGGGAACAUGAACUCUGGUACUCUGAUUUGGUAUUUUCAUACAAAUAUUGGUGGCUGGUUUUCUCACGUGACCUUUUCCAGAGUUAACGCCACUUCACUGGGAAGGUCUCUCUGUCUUUAGAGUCGCAGCCUCCGACAGGAAGUUCGUCCAAACUCCAUUCUUGCCAGAAGUGUUUGCUUUCUCCGGGGCUCGUGGAAGACUUUGAAAGAAGAGGGAAAAACCAAACCGGCUUCAAAAUUCUUUGAUUUGUUGAACCGCGUCGUAAGAUUUAGGAACUAUCGCCCAUUUGCGCCAAAGCAGAUGAGUCCCUUUGGGUCUGAAUGUCUCAUAGAUCUUUUCGAGGAUGACCGAAGCUCUGAAAUAUGCCGUCGACGCGAUUUACGACUUAAACGGUCUCGGAAAAAGCACAGCCGCUGCAGGUGAUCAUCUCAGUAUGUCACAACUUGUGUCUGUGUGUUACUGAGACCUGGAAGCUCAGUCUGCAGCACGGUGCUGAAGCGAUGGACGUCUGUUAGUGUUGUGGUGAUUAUCAGUGAGUGACGUGUCGAGCGACGCGAGGCGGUGCUGAGUAUUUUAAGUAGGAUUGUAAGACCUCUUGUACUCGUAUAAUCUAAUGUACCUUUCUGGUAGUUUUACUGCAAACGUUGGUGGUAGCUAUAUUGUUGUUCUAGCUAGCUGCUUGCUCUGCAAUGUGGUUUGUUGCACUGAAAUCUGCAUCAUCCUCUCAGAAAAGCCCCAAAACUCACCGAGAGGACCAAGACACUCAUUGGCUGAAACGAUCUACAAGCUAUAGACUGUAUAUAAAAGAGGGACGUAGCCAGGUUACUGUGUGAAACUCAGUUUUGAAGCCUCAGCGUUAGCGUUUUCAGCUUUAACUUUAAAAAUUGAGCAGAGUACACGCGCUCAUUCACUGAUGAUUUGUCAAUCAUGAAUUGGACCCGCCCUCAUUUAUAGUAUGCUGUUUUGUUUUAGCCCAUAUGGUGCCUUUUGCACUGACAAAACUACUGAGAACAUAAAUUCAUCAGGGUUUUAAUCUGCCGCCCCUGUUGUGCCAGGUUUAAAUCGCUUCUGCAGUGGCUUUACUUUAACACCUGCACGCUACAUGCAUCUUUUUAUAUACAGUCUAUGCUGCCAACCUGCCUCCAGCAGACUCGGCAGCUCUGAAUUCUUGAAAGGAAACAGGAAGUGGGAAAUAAACAGCAAUUUGGAUACUCCUCAGGGCCUGCCAUCCUCCCAAACUGUACCUAU